AUGUAUGGAAAGCAUAUCGAACUAAAAUUUGUUCACCGUCACGCAAGGGACUUUGUCUUCUCCACUGACUCUGUAGAUAUUUCUCCUCAAGUCUUUGGACAGGCCGGGAAAAAUCGAAUGACACCGCUAGAGGCAAUUGCAAAAGAAUUCCUCAAAAUCUUGAAACUCGGCCAGCUGCAGAAGGUCAUAAUGUGGUUCCUGUGGAAAGAUGCACCAAGAUCUACUGCAUCGAGUGCGCCAAAAAAAACACCCAACUCAUUUGUGCAAGCGAUGGAUCUUCCUGAAAAGUUUAUGCUAUCUCAUACUUUUCGUAAUGUACAGCAUUCAAACAGAAACACAUUUUGUGGACCAAGAGAAACGAUCAACGGAAUAGAAUGUUGCCUCAUCUGUCACAAAACAAAUGAAUCAGAGUGGCAGUGUUGUUUGGGAAGUUCGAACUAUCCACCUUCGCCGCUUCACUGGAAAGUCGAGUACAAAAUCAAAACAGAGAAUGGUCUUGAGACAGUUGGUACGACAGAUGGAACAAUUCAAGACAGUGCCAAGAUCACGUUCCAAGACGAUCCGAAGUAUUACGUUAAUGGAAACAUGACAUUAGAGUGUCAUGUGGAAUUCUAUGAGAAAUGUGAAUAA